GGGGCGGGGCGUAGGGCGGGGCCGGGAGGUCCUGGCAGAGCUACUGGCGGCUGCACCGGGUCCUGGUAGGGGAGUCGGGUGUGGCGGGAGCCGUGCGCGCUUGGGAUGGACUCGUUGGGCGCCCAGGCCGCUGCAGAAGAGGGCCGGGCAGGCUGCGGAGUGGCGGCCGCACGCUGGCAGCUGCUGCGCCAGGUCCUGAAGCGGAAACACCUGGAUGACUCCCUGCGACAUGUAUCUGUGAGGAGAUUUGAGUCAUUUAAUCUGUUUUCUGUGACUGAGGCUGGAGAUGGGAAGACUAAAGCGGAAGCUGAGGCCUGGGUGUGCUACACAAGCGUCUUCUACCCUGAGUUCAGUGUCUACCUGAGGCCCCGCGGCGGACCCCUGAACGUCCAGGAUGUCCUCACCAGCUUCGACAACACGGGCAACGUGUGCGUCUGGCCGUCUGAGGAGGUCCUGGCGUACUACUGCCUCAAGCACCGGGAGGACUUCAGGGGCCUCACUGCGUGUGAGCUGGGGGGCGGCAUGACAUGCUUGGCUGGGCUCAUGGUGGCUGUUUCUGCCGAUGUCAGAGAAGUUCUCUUAACUGAUGGGAAUCCAAAGGCCAUCGCUAAUGUGCAGGACACCAUUGUGAGGAACCAGAGAGCAGGUGUGUUCCGGACGCAGGAGAUAGCAAGCCGCGUUCUGCGAUGGGAUAAUGAGGCAGACGUCGCCCAGCUGGAAGGACGUUUUGACAUCGUGGUGUGCGCUGACUGCCUAUUCCUGGACCCCUACAGAGCCAGCCUGGUGCACACCAUCCAGAGAUUGCUUCGGCCUGGGGGCCGGGCAGUGGUGUUUGCGCCCCGCCGUGGGGACACGCUGGAGCACUUCUGUGGGCUGGCCGAGCAGGCGGGCUUUUCCGUGCAGAUGCAGGAGGACUACGACACACACAUGUCAGACUUACACUCUAAGCUGAAGCGGGAAAGGCCAGGCGUGUAUGAAGAGAACCUCCAUUAUCCUCUCCUGCUGCUCCUGACCCAGCACCAGUAGUAACUCUGCUUCUGAGGAUGUGGGUGGGGCACUGGACUGACACCCAAACAGCCGCCCCCCCCACAUGACCCAAGCUCCAGCCACACGCCUCCCUAGCCCACAGUCCCUAGUCCACAAGCUCCCCCAGCCCACAGGUCUCCCUAGUCCAUAGGCUCCCCCCACCAGCCUACAGGCCUCCCCAGCCCAUAGGCCUCCUCAACCCAUGUCCUCCAGCCCACAGUCCCCAGCCCAGGGCCCCCAGCCUGGCCCACUGGAAGGGGCCGUCCACAAUGCUGCACCCCUUCUGGUCUGCUCUUAGGCCCAGCCUUUGUUUCUAGGUAGCUGUUCACAGUGCACACUUGCAGGGACUCAGCCAGUCAGCCAGCACUGUCCUCCUUCUGAGAAGCCAUCCCCUGGUGCCAGCUCCUUCCUUGGGCUCUGUAGCUUGAUGCUGGUGGGCUCUGUGACCCUCUCUGAGACAAAAAUAAAGACAUCCCAGCCACUUCUGGCUCCACCUGUA